AUGUCGUUUACUGAUGACAUUAUUAACGAAGAUUAUGCUUUGGCGCUUGAAGGCCACAUGUCAAAAGAGACAUUCAACAAUAGAAUACAAUCAUUCAACGAAACACUCAAACAAACGAGCAAUCCACAAAUGAUGCAACUCUUUUGCGUUUUGAUAACUGCAAAUGUCAUAGUCUUCCCGGUACUAUUCGUAGUCAUUUUUGUUUGUACGAAACCAGACAUACAGGAACCGUUAAUGACCAUAAUGCUUGCGGCUCUGGGUACUUGUUUAUUUCUGUUUAUGUUACGAAAUUUGUAUGGCAAAAGAUAUCUAACAGUGCAAAUGAGAGAAGUUGAACGAAAAUUAAGAGAAUUUAAUCUUAUGGAUAAUUUAAAUUACGUAAAUUGGACAGCACAUUUUGAUACAAAGAGUAUUUUAGAAAAGGUGUUGAUAUUAGAAAUAUAUACAUCUGACGCAUCAACAACAACAACACUAGUACGAUUUCCAGAGAUGGCAUAUGAUAGUAUUUGUGAUUCUAAUUCGGAAGCUAGCGUUAGCACUCUCACAAUAGAUUCGUCACCACCAAGAUCACACGAUAAUUAUCAUGAGAGUUCGAGAAUUGCUGGUUUACCUCCUACUUAUGAUGUUGCAGUUAACUUUCCACCGCCUUCUUAUGUUUGA